AUGGCGCGACGGUGUGCAUUUUUUUCCAACCUCGACUUCCCCCCGAUUUGCUGCCCUGGCCGCCGCGAUUCCACUUCCCGCCGCUCCGUGAGCCCCUUUCCGCCGCCCAACUCCCUUUCCCGCCGCUCGAUUCCAAGUUCCGCCGCCCCUUUGAGCUUCCCGCCGCCCAAAUUCCCUUUCCCGCCGCCCGACUCCCCUACCCGCCGCCCCAUUCCCGUGUCUGCCGCCCGAUUCCCCUUUCCCGCCCCCCAAUGCCCUUUCCCUCCGCCCGAUUCCCCUUUCCGCCGCCCCUUUGACCUUCCCGCCACCCAUUCCCCUACCCGCCGCCCGAAGAACCCGUUCUUUCCGCCCAUUUUCCCCUUCCCGCCUCUCAUUCAACCAUUCCCCCCGCCUCCCAUUCUCCCCUUCCCGCCUCCCAUUCUCCCCUUCCUACCUCCCUUCCCUCCCUUCUCCCCCUUCCCUCCCGUCCCUCCCGUCCCUCCCUUCCCUCCCUUCCCUCCCUUCUCUCCCUUCCCUCCCUUUCCUCCCUUUCCUCUCUUCUCUCCCCCUCCCUUCUCACCCUUCCCUCCCUUCCCUCCCUUCCCUCCCUUCUCUCCCUUCCCUCCCUUCUCUCCCUUCCCUCCCUUCUCUCCCUUCUCUCCCUUCUCUCCCUUUUCUCUCCUUUCCUCCCUUCUCUCCCCCUCCCUUCUCACCCUUCCCUCCCUUCUUUCCCUUCCCUCCCUUCUCUCCCUUCCCUCCCUUUCCUCCCUUCCCUCCUUUCCCUCCCUUCUCUCCCUUCCCUCCCUUUCCUCCGAUCCCUCCCUUUCCUCCCUUCUCUCCCUUCCCUCCAUUUCCUUCCUUCGCUCCCUUCCCUCCCUUUUCUCCGUUUCUCCUUCCCUCCCUUCCCUCCCUUUUCUUCCUUUCCUCCCUUCCCUCCCUUCCCUCCCUUCCCUCCCUUCUCUCCCUUCCCUCCCUUCCCAUCCCUCCCUUCGCUCCCUUCUCUCCUUUCCCUCCAUUUCCUUCCUUCGCUCCCUUCCCUCCCUUCUCUCCCUUCCCUCCCUUCCCAUCCCUCCCUUCCCUCCCUUCUCUCCCUUCCCUCCAUUUCCUUCCUUCGCUCCCUUCCCUCCCUUUUCUCCGUUUCUCUUCUUCCCUUCCCACCCUUUUCUCCUCCGUUUCCUCCCUUCCCUCCCCCCCUACCUUCGCUCCCUUUUCUCCCUUCCCUCUCAUUCCUCCUUGCAAUCUCCUGUCCCUCCCUUCUCUCCCGUCCCUCCCUUCCCUCCUUCCCUCCCUUCCCUCCCUUCCCUCCCUUCUCUCCCUUCCCUCCCUUCUCUCCGUUCCCUCCCUUCCCUCCCUUCCCUCCUUUCCCUCCAAUCCCUCCCUUCUCUCCCGUCUCUCCCUUCUCGGAGUUCCCUCCCUUCCUUCCGUUCCUCCUCUCCCUGCUAUCACGUCUCUCCUUUCCCUCCCUUCUCUCCCGUCCCUCGCUUCCCUCCCCACCUACCUUCUCUCCCUAUGCUCCUUUCCCUCUCAUCCUUUUUUGCAAACUCCUGUCUCUCCCUUCCCUUCCUUCUCUUCUCGUUCCGCCUCUUAUUCUCCCAUCCCGCCUUCCCUUCUUCUCGUCCCGCCUCUUAUUCUCCCAUCCCGCCUUCCCCAUUUCCCCUUCAUGCCUCCCUUCACGCCUCCCAUCACCUCUCCCUGCCUUCCCAUCUCACCUUCACGCCUCCCAUCACCUCCAUUCUCAUUCAGCCCCAUCUCAUGUCACCAUGCUUGCAUUUACCCUCCGUAUCCUGCCUCUCCCUAAGCUCCCCUCCAUCCGCCUUCCAACCCAUUGCCACCCCUCCGUCCCAUUUUGCCUCCUCCAUCCCCCACCUCACCCACCUACUCCCUCCUCAUCUCCCCUCCCCAUACCACCUCCUGCCCCUAUCAGGCACCCCUUGCUCACCUCCCCUCCCCCUACCAGGGGCAUUCUUCUCCCUUCUCUCCCCUACCCCUUCUUUCACCCUCCCCUACAAAGGGCGCUCUGCUCACCAUCUGUCCCUCCAGGUCUCCCACACUCAUAUUCUCCCAUAUUUCAUCCCCCACACUCCCGUGUUUUUUCUUAGUUGA